AUGGCUUCCAAGACCAGUGCGAGCGAAAGCUCUCUCUCCGACCAGAACUCGCAGCCCAUGACCAUCAACCGCUUGCAGGUUCACGGCGCUACCAACACCCGAAGAGGCUUCCUCGACCCUAUCUUCACCCCGCUCUUGACCGAGGAUGUCAACAGCUCCUCCACGCUCGGCGAAGUAGCGGCGCGGUUGGGCGACGCCAGAGGAAAGCUGGAGAGACUCGGCAUCUUCCACCCCGAUGUCAAGGUCCACCUUAGCAACGCCAACAACACCGAUGCCUCGUCCACUCCGACCGACGUCGACGUCGAUGUCGUCGUCAAAGAGCUCUCCCGCUACAAGUUCAACGCCGGAACCGAUGUCGGAAACAGCGAAGGCUCCGCUUAUACCUCCUUGCUCUGGCGCAACAUCUUUGGCGGUGCGGAGCAGCUUACUGUCAAUGCCAGUGCUGGCACAAGAACCCGUUCCGCAUACAGCGCGACCUUGAGCGCACCCGUCCAAAGCAACCCCGAUACGAGAAUCGCACUCGAGGGCCUCGCUUCCGCCACCGAUAAAUCCUGGGCAGCACACGAGGAGGUUCUGAAGGGAGGAAACCUGCGCUUCUCAUGGCUUUCUGGCCUCAAGGACAUGCACACGGUUGAAUAUUCCGGCAUUUGGCGUCAAGUUACCGGUCUCCGCGACAGUGCCAGUCCCACUGUCCGUGCCGAUGCCGGAGACUCCGUAAAGAGCUCCAUCAAACACACAUACCAGAGAGACGAGAGAGAUAACCCGCAGCUUCCGCAAAGCGGCUACGUACUCAAGUCCGUUUGGGAGCUGGCUGGUCUCGGCCCCCUAGGCGGUGACGUCGCCUUCUCCAAGAGCGAAUGGGAGGUGGGUGGUGCGCUGCCCGUCCCUGUUCCUGGCGUGGAGGGACCAUCUGGAAUCUCGAUUGGUGGUGGAUUGAGGUUCGGUAUGCUGUACCCGCUUCCUCUUGGCUUUGCCUCCGAAGGCAAGUCCCAGCCGAGCCGCAUAAACGACAGAUUCCAGCUCGGUGGGCCCACCGACGUCCGCGGUUUCCACUAUGGAGGUCUUGGACCCCACGACGGAUCCGAUUCAGUCGGAGGAGACGUCUUCGCAGCUGGCAGUGUGAACAUGCUGUUUCCUCUGCCUUACAAGGGCCCCGACUCCUCUCUCCGCUUCCAAGUGUUUGCCAACGGCGGCAGAUUAGUCGCGAUGAAGAACAAGGGCAAGACUGGUGCUUCAGCCAGCGAGGGCCUCGACGCUAGAAGUGUCGCAGGCAGCGCGUGGAGAGCGUUGAGUGACCUGACGACUGGUCUGCCAUCAACAGCCGCUGGUGUCGGUCUGGUCUACGCUCAUCCUGUCGCUCGUUUCGAGCUCAACUUCAGUCUCCCGUUGGUGCUGAGACGCGGCGAGCAGGGCACCAAGGGACUGCAGGUUGGGGUCGGCAUCAACUUCUUGUAA